GCGUGAUGGAAGUGAAAUGGUCUGACAAGAAAGCAAUAAAGUCGGACAGCGUGUAUAUAUGUAUGUAGACGGCGCAGUGGUCCUUGUCAAGCGUCUCGUUCGUUGUAGCUAUCCUUCAUUCGUCCCCCCGUUGUCCCGCAACUAAAAGCCCAUGAAUAGCCUGUUAGGUGCUAUGAUUCGUCUAAUCAGCGAGCGAGAGCGAUGACUUGCGCGGCGACGACUUUCGGGACGGCCCUCUCUUUCCCCUUCGACGUCGACGGCUCCUCCGAGUGGUGCCUCCGCGUCGACGGCUCCUUCUUCUCAACGUCCCGAGCGACAUGCUUGGACGCAACGCGCGAGUCUUUCGCCCCGCGUACCAAGGACGACGGCCACCCCUCCUUCGCGACAUGAACGGCCUCACGCUUUGACGCGAAGCGCGGUGAGUCCUCUCGAGCGUCCUGACGGUGCGAAGAUCCCUCUCUAGCGUCCUGACGAUUACGAGACCUGCU